UUUUUUUUUCGGCGGAGAUCCUAGUCGGGGUUGGGAAACUCCUGUAUAACUUGAGACCAGGAAGCCAGCCCGCUUCCCAGCCCCCUCCAAAGCCACCUACUCGUCCUACUGCGGGAGGCCACUCCACAUCCGCUCUCACCGGAGAGAGAAAUUCGGCUGGGUCCAAAGUGACUAAUGAAGGGAAGGAAAUCAUGUCAGGCGAAGCCUUGAAAAAGCUGCCUUGAGACACUGCCCGACCGAAAGAAUGUUGGCUCAAUUAAGAAACAUCAGGGAGAUAAAUUCAACCCAGUGUGUCUAAAAAUGACUACAAAACGAAGUUUGUUUGUGCGGUUGGUACCAUGUCGUUGUCUACGAGGGGAAGAAGAGACUGUUACUACUCUUGAUUAUUCUCAUUGCAGUUUGGAACAGGUUCCCAAAGAGAUUUUUACUUUUGAGAAAACUUUGGAGGAGCUCUAUUUAGAUGCUAAUCAGAUUGAAGAGCUUCCAAAGCAACUUUUUAACUGUCAGUCUCUACACAAACUGAGUUUGCCAGACAAUGAUUUAACAGCAUUACCAGCAUCUAUUGCAAAUCUCAUUAAUCUCAGGGAACUGGAUGUCAGCAAGAAUGGAAUACAGGAGUUUCCAGAAAAUAUAAAAAAUUGUAAAGUUUUGACAGUCGUGGAGGCCAGUGUAAACCCUAUUUCCAAGCUUCCUGAUGGAUUUUCUCAGCUGUUAAACCUAACCCAGUUAUAUCUAAAUGAUGCUUUCCUUGAGUUCUUGCCAGCUAAUUUUGGCAGAUUAACUAAACUCCAGAUAUUAGAACUUAGAGAAAACCAGUUGAAAAUGUUGCCAAAAACCAUGAAUAGACUGACCCAACUGGAAAGAUUGGAUUUGGGAAGUAAUGAAUUCACAGAAGUGCCUGAAGUACUUGAGCAACUAAGUGGAUUGAAAGAAUUUUGGAUGGAUGGUAAUAGACUGACUUUUAUUCCAGGGUUUAUCGGUAGUUUGAAACAGCUCACAUACUUGGAUGUUUCCAAAAAUAAUAUUGAAAUGAUUGAAGAAGGAAUUUCAGCAUGUGAAAACCUUCAGGACCUCCUGUUAUCAAGCAAUUCACUUCAACAACUGCCUGAGACUAUUGGUUCAUUGAAGAAUGUAACAACUCUUAAAAUAGAUGAAAAUCAAUUAAUGUAUCUGCCAGACUCUAUAGGAGGGUUAGUAUCAAUAGAAGAACUGGACUGUAGCUUCAAUGAAGUUGAGGCUUUGCCUUCAUCUAUUGGGCAGCUUACUAAUAUAAGAACCUUUGCUGCAGAUCAUAAUUAUUUACAACAGUUACCCCCAGAGAUUGGAAGCUGGAAAAAUGUAACUGUGCUAUUUCUCCAUUCCAAUAAACUUGAGACACUUCCAGAGGAAAUGGGUGAUAUGCAAAAAUUAAAAGUCAUCAAUUUAAGUGACAAUAGAUUAAAGAAUUUGCCCUUUAGCUUUACAAAGCUACAACAAUUGACUGCUAUGUGGCUCUCAGAUAAUCAGUCCAAACCCCUGAUACCUCUUCAAAAAGAGACUGAUUCAGAGACCCAGAAAAUGGUGCUUACUAACUACAUGUUCCCUCAGCAGCCAAGGACUGAGGAUGUUAUGUUCAUAUCAGAUAAUGAAAGUUUUAAUCCUUCACUGUGGGAGGAACAGAGGAAACAGCGGGCUCAAGUAGCAUUUGAUUGUGAUGAAGACAAAGAUGAAAGGGAGGCACCUCCCAGGGAGGGAAAUUUAAAGAGAUAUCCAACACCAUACCCAGAUGAGCUUAAGAAUAUGGUCAAAACUGUUCAAACCAUUGUACAUAGAUUAAAAGAUGAAGAGACUUGUGAAGAUUCUGGAAAAGAUCUGAAACCACAUGAAGAUCAGCAAGUUGUAAAUAAUGAUGUAGGUGUGAAGACUUCAGAAAGUACCACUCCAGUAAGAAUCAAAGCUGAUGAAAGAGAAAAGUAUAUGAUAGGAAACUCUUCACAGAAGACCAGUGAAUCUGAAGCUGAGAUUAGUCCUGGGAGUCUACCAGUGACUACAAAUAUGAAAGCCUCUGAGAACUUGAAGCAUAUUGUUAAUCACGACGAUGUUUUUGAGGAAUCUGAAGAACUUUCUUCUGAUGAAGAGAUGAAAAUGGCAGAGAUGCGACCACCAUUAAUUGAAAGCUCUAUUAACCAGCCAAAAGUGGUAGCUCUUAGUAAUAACAAAAAAGAUGAUACAAAGGAUACAGAUUCUUUAUCAGAUGAAGUUACACACAAUAGCAAUCAGAAUAACAGCAACUGUUCUUCUCCAUCUCGGAUGUCUGAUUCAGUUUCUCUUAAUACUGAUAGUAGUCAAGAUACCUCACUCUGCUCUCCAAUGAAACAAACUCAUAUUGGUAUUAAUUCCAAAAUCAGGCAAGAAGAUGAAAAUUUUAACAGCCUUUUACAAAAUGGAGAUAUUUUAAAUCAUUCAAUGGAAGAAAAAUUCCAGGUUCAUGAUAAAAAAGAUUUUAACUUACCUGAAUAUGAUUUGAAUAUUGAAGAGCAAUUGGUUCUUAUUGAGAAAGGUGUUGACUCAACAGCCACAUCUGAUGAAUCUCACAAAUUAGACCAUAUCAAUAUGAAUCUUAAUAAACUUGUAACUAAUGAUACAUUUCAACCAGAGAUAGUGGAAAGAUCAAAGACACAGGAUAUAGUGCUUGGAAUGGACUUUUUAAGCAUUAAUGCUAAAGGAGAAGCUGAGCCCUUGGAAAAUGGAAAUAAGUAUCCUAAUCUAGAAUGUGUAAAUAAGGUAAAUGGACAUUCUGAGGAAACUCCACAGUCUCCUAGGAGGACUGAACCACAUGACACUGAUUCUUCUGUUGAUAUGGGUAUUUCCAAAAGCACUGAAGAUCUCUCUCCUCAGAGAAGUGGGCCAGUUGGAUCUGUUGUGAAAUCUCAUAGUAUAACUAAUAUGGAGACUGGAGGGUUAAAAAUCUAUGACAUUCUUAGUGAUAAUGGACCACAGCAGCCAAGUGCAACAAUUAAAGUAACAUCUACUGUUGAUGGAAAAAAUAUUGUCAGGAGCAAGUCUGCUACACUUUUGUAUGAUCAACCAUUGCAAGUAUUUACUGGUUCUUCUUCAUCUUCUGAUUUAAUAUCAGGUACAAAGGCAAUUUUCAAGUUUGAUUCAAAUCAUAAUCCUGAAGAGCCAAAUAUAAUAAGAGGCCCUACAGUAAGUGGCCCACAAUCUACGCCUCAGAUAUAUGGUCCUCCACAAUAUAAUAUCCAGUACAGUAGCAGUGCUGCUGUCAAGGACACUCUGUGGCACACCAAACAGAAUCCCCAAAUAGAUCAUGUCGGUUUUCCUCCUCAGCGGCUUCCUAGAUCCGAGAGCACAGAAAGUCACAGUUACACGAAACAUUCUGCCAAUAUGAAUUUCUCUAACCAUAACAAUGUUCGAGCUAAUACUGGAUACCAUUUACAUCAGAGACCUGGCCCAGGAAGACAUGGGGAAAUGUGGGCCAUCUCACCAAAUGACCGACUCAUUCCUGGAGCAACUCGAACUACGAUUCAGCGACAAAGUAGUGUGUCCUCUACAGCUUCGGUAAAUCUUGGUGAAUCAGGUCCCACGAGGCGGGCCCAGAUUCCUGAAGGAGAUUAUCUAUCGUACAGAGAGUUACAUUCAGUGGGAAGAACUCCAUUGAUGUCAGGAUCACAGAGACCUCUUUCUGCACGAACAUAUAGCAUCGAUGGUCCAAAUGCAUCAAGGCCUCAGAGUGCUCGACCCUCCAUUAGUGAAAUACCAGAGAGAACUAUGUCUGUUAGUGAUUUUAAUUAUUCACGGACUAGUCCUUCAAAGAGACCAAAUGCAAGGGUUGGUUCUGAGCAUUCUUUAUUAGAUCCUCCAGGAAAAAGUAAAGUUCCUCAUGAUUGGCGAGAACAAGUACUACGACACAUCGAGGCCAGAAAGUUAGAAAAGAGCAUGCUGUCAAGGUCCUUUAAUUCCAAUUUUACUGCUGUAAGCAACUUUCACUAUGGCAGCUCUAGGGAUCUGCAUGGCAGCCAAGGCAGCCUUGCCUUGAGUGUUGCAGACGGAAGAGGUUCUGGUGGGCACAUUUUUCGAAUGCCUUUGAUUAAUGGACAGAUGGGCCAGCCCCUCAGGCCUCAGGCAAAUUAUAGUCAAAUACAUCACCCCCUUCCUCAGGCUUCUGUGGCAAGGCAUCCCUCUAGAGAACAACUAAUUGAUUACUUGAUGCUGAAGGUGGCCCACCAGCCUCCAUAUACACAGCCCCAUUGUCCUCCUAGACAAGGCCAUGAACUGGCAAGGCAAGAGAUUCGAGUGAGAGUUGAAAAGGAUCCAGAACUUGGAUUUAGCAUAUCAGGAGGUGUUGGGGGCAGAGGAAAUCCAUUCAGACCUGAAGACGAUGGUAUAUUUGUAACAAGGGUACAGCCUGAAGGACCAGCAUCAAAAUUAUUACAACCAGGUGAUAAAAUUAUUCAGGCUAAUGGCUACAGUUUUAUCAAUAUUGAACAUGGACAAGCAGUGUCCUUGCUAAAAACUUUCCAGAACACAGUAGAACUCAUCAUUGUACGAGAGGUUUCCUCGUAAGAAUUGUGGACAAAAAAAGGGGAAAGGCAGCAAGAUUUAUUGGAAGAUAUUUGCAGGGGAAAUUAAUAUUUUGACUAUUUUUAUAUGUAAAGAUGAACUCAAAAAAUUAUGUUCAAAUUUGUACAUUAAUGAAAUAAUGGAACUUGUGGUUAGAGGGAAAGAACCACUGUACAGUAUAUAGGGGAGACUGUUGAAUUCAUACCAUAUAAAAGUUCUUGUUAGGUUUUUAAACAUAGCAAUCAAGGCUGCAAAAACAAACAUAUGUUGUUUUUGUAUAGAUUGUAGGUUUAUUUUUGGAUUUCACACACAUGACUGAACUCUGUGCAAGGCUCUAGUUAGCCUUGAUUGUAGCCCAGAGACAGAUGGCAGAGCUUUCUGUCUCAUAGCUUUUGUGCCCUUAUUUUUAUUCAACUCGUAUUAAUGUUUUUCUGCUGAAACUACUUUUUUUUAAUGUGGGCAAGAGAUUUGAAGUGUUGGUUUUUGCUAUGUGCAUAUUGAAUUGAAGAGUGAGUAGGUGAAGGUGGUGCUGGUGGGUUCACUUUCCAAGGCCAGAUUAAAACAGUUAAUUCCUAUAAAAAUCUGGAAGCAAAGAUUGAGAAAAUAGCUGUUAAAUGUGUUUUUAUUAAUAAAAUAAUGCAAUAAAAAUGUAGUGUCUUUUUAAAGAAAUAAAAAAGACAAUAAUUGCAUUUUAUGAGCUCUACAGGAUCUGUUCUUGUCAUAGCCAUUGACAGUACAUUUGCUACUGGUGAUUCAAUUUUUAAUUUUUUAGUCACAGGAAAUUUUUAACUCUUCUGUAGAUGCAUGUCCGUGCAUUUUUUUGUGAUAUGGAAAUCUCUUGAUUUUUUGCAAAUGGUGGUCCUUGCAAUCUGUUUUAUAAUUAGUAUUCCAUUUUAAUCUUAAUUUAUAAUUUUUAUUUUGAGCAGCAAAUGAAACUCAAAUGGCCAGUUUUAAAAGAUUGUGUUGCUGUAACACAAAGUGUAAGCAGAUUUAGGAAAGCCUCUUGAUUUUUGUUUGGUCUCACAUUGCCUUGGUAAAGUAAAAGGAAAUAUAGUACGCAUGGAGCUAGGAAACCAAAGCAAGUUUGUGAAAUUGGCACAGUGAUAGAGAAUUGCUGUGGAGAGUUGUAGAGCAAAGGGAUGGGUCCUUGAGGCCUACCAGUCUGUAAAGGUAUUCAAAUAAAGGGCUGUUCCUACAGGUAACAUUAAAUGUGAACCCGACACUUCAGAGUCUUUAAAGGGUUUCUAAGUGUAUCAGUGUAAUAGAAUAGUGUUUUACCACCAGCUGCCUUUGUUCCUCGUUAGUGUAACAAAUAUUUCAUAGAUGUUUAUUAAUUUGUUCAUCCAAACCAUUAAUUUUGUUUCUGUUCUUUGUAAUUCAAUAAAAUUUGAAUAACAUGCAGUGGUAAGAAUUAAUGCAUGGUUAUUUGGACCAGAAAAAAGUGCCACAGAAGACCAGUAACUGUUUAGUCGAGGCUAGUCUGGAGCCUUUCAUUAGAGCAAUAUUCAGUUAUUGCAAUUCAUUUUUAAUUACUAAGAAAUAUAAUUUUGGACUUUUUAAUCUGUUAUGCUUUGUUCUUCAACCUUGUUUUAAUUAAGACUUUUAUAGGACUAGCAAAAACAGCAAUUUACAUUAUUUUUGCAAAAAAAGUUGAACUCGUUCCUUUCUUGCUAGUCAGAGUAAAUAGGCAGUAAUUUUCAAAAGAUGUGAACUCAAAUAUUGCACUUCUUUCAAGAUGUUAUCAUUUGGUUAUUGUACUGUAUAGUUUUAAUAAUAUUGAUUGAAACCCUUUAACAACUCUUUGUAAAUUUUAACUCAUUUUAGUUGUUUUUCAGUACUAUUUACAUAGGAAUUGAUUUUUAUGGAUAUAGUAGAAGAAAUGUGCUGUAUUUUGAUAAAAUUCAUUUACUGUAUGUGUGUUGUAAUCUCUAAAAAAAAAUAAUGACAAACAGCUUCUUAAGACAAGCCUCGGUGUUCCCUUUAUUCAUAGUUUAUUUUAAAAUACUAAUUUUGGCACAUCCUUUUUUUAUUUCAGUCAAUUUUUCAGUCACAUUCUACUUUUAAUAAGGAAUACAUAAAAUAGAUAUAAUUGUGACAUUUUCAACUACUUUAUCUUGCAUCAGAUACACAGAUAAUUUUGGAAAAGGAAAAUAGCCACAAAAAACGAUUGAUUAGUGAUCUAACUUUAAGUUAAUUGUCUGCAUAUUAUAUUGAUAUAUUACAAGUGCAGCAAGUAUUACAUGCACUAGUAUUUUAUUCUCCUCUAGCUAGUUAAAAAAAUUUUUUUAAUGUUCUUAUAACACAUAUAGUUGAGUAAGAAAGUUACCAAGGAAGAGUAAU